AUGCUUCCAGACCUUCCGGAAAACAGGACCAAGCUUCUUCGCCUGCAUGCCACAAUCGAGAAAUCUGUCGAGCAUGAGCAUCCCUCUUUGAAGUAUCCACUUGUCCUUGAAGAGGUGUACGCGCGUAUCGCCAACGAACUCGGCAUUUCGUUCGACCGAGACCAGCAGAUUUCUUACGGUCGUCAGAUUGGUGACUGGCCCGCCUUCCCAGAUACAGUAGAAGCGAUGAAAAUACUUGCAAAUCACUACAAGUUGUUUGUUUUGAGCAACGUCGAUGAGGAUUCUUUCAGGCGCACAUGUUCGGGGCCUUUGAAAGUCGAACGCUUUCAGGAAAUAGGCAUUUCGAAGGAGGGCGUGGUAAUGGUGGCUCAGAGCUUGGAUCUCGAUCACAUGUCAUGCAAGACUCUUGGUUUUCCGCCAGGAGUAUGGAUUGCAAGAAAGGGAGCUAUCAUGGGAGGUGAUAGAAAAGAACUUGAAGACCAAGGCCGCAUAGAGCUAGGAGCAGUCUACGAAACUUUGGGUGAAUUUGCCGCCGCUGUUCAAACGGCCUUUAUGGAGUGA